CGUACGAUUGAUAAUGCAUAAUCGUGCUAAUCAAUGCCAGGAAAAAUAAACUUCAACUGAAACUGGCAGUACCGAUAGAGAUCGUAAGUAUUCACAAAACACGCUUCUUGUAAAAUAUGUGUUUAUAUAUGCAUGUAGCCUAAAAAAACAGAAAAAUUAGACUUAUGAUUUGUAUAGUUUAACCGACUGCUUCUAUAAUGUUCUGCAGAUGAAGAUAUUAGAUGGUCAGAGUGUGAAUAUAAAUACAAAAUACUAAUUUAUGUGUGGAACUAUUUCUUUAAAUAGAGCAGAUUCAUUACAAUGAUUGAUUCGUGCAUCAGUCUAGCGAGGGCAUCAGUGAGGCGGUGAUGAUGGCUACUCGGAAGAACUGACAAUCCUGUGCAUCGGAUACCAAAUUACUUGUCCUACUAUGGUAACGGAAUAGCUCAUGAAUAUUAAUUAGGACUUGUUUUCGUCACUGCAUAUCCUCCUGUGAACAUCCAGUCAGGGGCCAUUGUUAAUAAUAACAAACAAUAGUUAGUUCCUAAAUUCGCAGAAGGAUUCGUUGAUUGGUCACACCAACAGCGCCCACUUUGACCGCGUCGAGCUUUCAGCCAACCAGUUGGGAAAACUGUGUACGUCGUUAAUAUUUAUGAACCAGGCCUUCGCCGUAGUAGGAUUCCGAAAUUAGCGAGGGGGGAAGCGUACAAAAACGCUGACUUCCUGUAUUUUAUUAUAACGAAUGAAUACAUUACGCAGAGCGUAAAGCAGUGGGGUUUCAAAUCUAAAAAUCGUUAUCGUUUUGGAUGCCACUGCUGUAAAUGCGGAUUGUUUACAGCACCCCUCGCAUCCUUUCCUCCCUCCCCUUUUCCUCUUUCCCGGAGCGCCGGAGCGCUGGUGGUGAGGCAGCGGCUGCAGCUGCUCCCGCUGACCGAAGAUAGCGCCUGCAGAACCGGCCACGGCCGUCACAUCACCCCGGGCCCUUGGAGAGGGCGAACCACAGCAAAGCAGGAAGCAAGCUUUUGACGCCACAUCAUUGUGCAGCAUCAUCCUUCCGUAAAAAAAGCGCACGGCUCCUUCUGGAUUUGAUUAAUCUACACCUUCAGGUCUUUUCAGGAGUUUGGAUGUCCAGUUUCACAUGAUAUGGCUGUUCUCAAACUAGUCGACCAGCCACCGCUAGUCCAAGCCAUCUUUAACGGAGACCCAGAUGAGAUUCGUGUGCUCCUAUGUAAAUCAGAAGACGUCAAUGCACUGGAUGCUGAGAAACGUGCUCCCCUGCAUGCAGCAGCCUUCCUCGGAGAUGCUGAGAUCACAGAGCUCCUCAUUGUGUCAGGUGCACGGGUCAAUGCCAAAGACAAUAUGUGGUUGACUCCACUCCACAGGGCAGUGGCAUCACGUAGCGAGGAAGCUGUUCGUGUGCUAAUUCGUCAUUCUGCUGAUGUUAAUGCUCGGGAUAAAAACUGGCAGACACCUCUGCAUGUCGCUGCCGCCAACAAGGCCCUGCGCUGUGCUGAGGUCAUCAUCCCACUACUGAGCAGCGUUAACGUAUCAGAUCGUGGAGGACGCACCGCCCUGCACCACGCUGCCCUCAAUGGGCACACAGAGAUGGUGAGUCUCCUUCUGGCAAAGGGUGCUAACAUCAACGCUUUUGAUAAAAAAGACUGCCGUGCACUACACUGGGCAGCAUAUAUGGGUCACUUAGAUGUAGUGUGUUUACUGGUGAGCCAAGGGGCCGAGAUCAGCUGCAAAGACAAGAGAGGAUACACACCUCUACAUGCCGCCGCUUCUAACGGUCAGAUCGCUGUCGUCAAACACCUGCUCAGCCUGGCCGUAGAGAUAGAUGAAGCCAAUGCCUUUGGGAAUACGGCCCUGCAUGUUGCGUGUUUUAAUGGACAGGACGCAGUGGUCAGUGAGCUGAUAGAUUACGGUGCUAAUGUCAGUCAGCCUAAUAACAAAGGCUUCACUCCUCUCCACUUUGCUGCUGCGUCCACUCAUGGUGCCCUCUGUCUAGAGUUCCUGGUCAACAGCGGAGCAGAUGUCAAUGUCCAGAGUCGCGAUGGGAAAAGCCCUCUUCAUCUGACGGCUGUUCAUGGGCGGUUUACACGGUCCCAGACGCUCAUUCAAAACGGAGGAGAGAUUGAUUGUGUUGAUAAGGAUGGAAACACUCCACUGCACGUUGCUGCUCGAUAUGGUCAUGAACUUUUGAUUAACACUCUAAUAACGAGUGGAGCCGACUGCACAAGAAGAGGCGUACACGGCAUGUUCCCUUUGCAUUUGGCAGCUCUGAAUGCUCAUGCUGACUGCUGCCGGAAACUCCUCUCUUCAGGACGGAGGUAUAGCAUAAUGUGCCCUCUCAGUAAUGACUCGGUCCUGUCUGCAGGCUUCCAAAUCGAUACGCCUGAUGACCUGGGGAGGACAUGUCUGCACGCUGCAGCCGCAGGAGGAAAUGUGGAAUGUGUGAAGCUAUUGCUCAGCAGUGGAGCCGAUCAUAACCGCAGGGACAAACAUGGAAGGACCCCUCUUCAUUAUGCGGCAGCUAGUCGUCACUUUCAGUGCCUGGAGACUUUGGUGUCCUGCGGUACCUGCAUUAACGCCACUGACCAGUGGGGGCGCACUGCUGUUCACUACGCUGCUGCUUCCGACCUGGACAGAAGGCGGCGUGUGGUCCUGGAGCCGGAGAGUGACGGAGUUCAAGCUGAGAGGGAGAAGGAGGCCGCUCUGUGUCUGGAGUUCCUGUUGCAGCAUGGCGCUGGCCCAUCGCUUAAAGAUAAACAAGGCUACAGUGCGGUUCACUAUGCUGCAGCGUACGGCCACAGACAUUGCUUAAAACUGCUUUUGGACAGAGAUGAAAACCAUCAAGAUGACAUGGAGAACAACCAAACCAGAAGCCCUUUACAUCUGGCUGCAUAUCACGGGCACGCGCAGGCUCUAGAAGUGCUCUUGGAGGGUCACUGUGAGGUGGAUCAGGGGGAUGAAGUUGAUCGGACUCCACUGGCCCUUGCUGCUCUCAGGGGCCACACUGACUGUGCUCUCACACUUCUGAACCACGGGGCUUCCCCGAGAAGCAGAGAUACUGUCAGAGGACGUACGCCCAUCCACCUUGCAGUCAUGAAUGGUCAUACAUCAUGUGUGCGCCUCCUGUUGGAAGACUCUGAUAAUGCAGAUCUGGUGGACACAGCCGACUCUCAGGGACAGACCCCUCUAAUGCUGGCAGUAAUGGGGGGUCAUGUGGACGCUGUGUCUCUUCUGUUGGAGCGUGACGCCAGUGUGGACAUGGCUGAUCAUCACGGUCUGACUGGUCUACACCUUGGGCUCUUAUGUGGACAGGAGGAAUGUGUUCAGUCUCUGCUGGAGCUGGAGGCAUCAGUGCUGCUGGGGGACUCCAGGGGUCGGACAGCAAUCCACCUGGCUGCAGCAAGAGGCCACGCAUCUUGGUUGAGCGAAUUGCUCAGUAUCGCGUGUAUUGAACCCCCGUUGCCCCCUUUGCGAGACAACCAGGGAUAUACGCCCUUACAUUAUGCCUGUUACUAUGGUCAUGAGGGCUGUGUAGAAGUCAUACUCGAUCAAAAAGACUUUUGCCAGUUUGAAGGGAACCCCUUUACACCUCUGCAUUGUGCUGUGGUCAAUGACCAUGAGACCUGUGCCACCCUUUUAUUAGAAGCCAUGGGAUCAAAGAUUGUAACAUGCAAAGACUCCAAGGGCAGGACACCCUUCCAUGCCGCUGCAUUUGCUGGCCAUGUAGACUGUGUUCAGUUGCUCUUGUCCCAUAAUGCGUCUGUGAAUGAGGUUGACCAAUCAGGACGCAGUGCUCUUUGUAUGGCAGCAGAGAAAGGAAGGGUUGAGGUUGUAGAAGCUUUGCUUGCUGCUGCCGAUGUGAACAUAAAUCUGAUUGACCAGAAGGGCAAUACAGCACUCCAUCUAGCCUGCAGUAAUGGAAUGGAGGAAUGUGCUUUGCUCCUUCUUGGAAAACUUCCAGACUCUGCCCUUGUCGCUACAAACAGUGCACUGCAAACCCCUCUUCACCUGGCUGCUCGCAGUGGGAUGAAGCAGACGGUGCAGGAGCUGCUCUCUCGUGGGGCCAGCGUUCAAGUGCUAGAUGAGAAUGGUCUCACCCCUGCUCUGGCUUGCGCUCCCAGCAGGGAAGUGGCUGACUGCCUGGCUCUCAUUCUGGCUACCAUGAUGCCUUUCUGCUCCCCUUGCAGCUCCGGAGCUCCCUCCCCAGGCACCCUGCUGAAAUCUUUGCCCCACCAGGCCAAGAGUCCCCAAGGCCCCCGCAGUCCAAAGGAUCCCUCCGGCCCCUCCAGUGAGGGCACGACCACUGAAAACGACUCUGACUCAGAGACUUUUUGACCCCGGCUCCUUCUAGAGGCACUCGUCGUAGUUUUCACUGCACAUAUUGUCAUGAUGAACUUUACAGAAGUUGUACAGAUUUUUAAUUAGUCUCUGUAAGAAGAGAUUAUGACACAUGACAUGGCACACCUGGUACGCUUCGGUUCAGCCACACUCGUUUGCACAAGAGAUUUUUCAAAAGCCAUUUUAAUCAUUUUAACGCAGUACGAUUGAGAUUACCAAAUGUUGACUGACUUGGAGUACGAAGAUGCAAAGUGCGGAGCGGUGUGUCUUAAUGGGUGGAUUUUUGAAAGCACAAACCAUGUGGAAACACAAGGUGAGGUUACGCUCAUUUUACUGAUGAUGUCACUUUGGGACCAAUUUGGAAUCAAGAAUUCACAUUUUUUGGACCAACAGGGGUAUUGGUGCCACUUUUCCUAACUGCAUUAAGUAUUUAUUCGCAAGCAAGGUUAAGGGCUGAAAUACAUGAUGUGGCUAAAACUCAGAUUUCUGCCCCAUUCAAUGAGUUUGAGACAAGUUGCUAAAAGUCAGAAGCAGCCUACAGGCUAAUAUCUUUAGAUUAAGAUUUAAGUCUAGUCUGAAGAUUAUUUAUUCGUCUGAAAAUUUGUUUUUUAAAUAACCGUCAAGCCUAGUUUUGUGUCAUCCUCAGUUGAUUAGGUUGUGUUCACAGUAGUUUGGUUCUUUUGGUAUGUUUGGUCCGCAUCAAAAAAGAAACGGUUACAUUUAGUCCUGUUUUGCCUAGGAUUCGCUAGCAUUUUUAAGACCAAACCUAAAUAAAUAAAUAUAUUUAUAUAUACAAACCAAACAACGGCAUGACUUGUUUUUGGUUUGUUUGGAUAUGUCACCCAUGUUAUUACUCAAUUGAAUUAUCAGUGGUUAUUAGCGGAUAUAGGCUAGUAGGGGCCUUCUGUGCCUGCUGGUAGGCUCAGAAGGCUGUUAUCAUCCAUCAACAUGGUUAAUCAGCUAUACUAAUAGAGAAGACUCCAGAUCCAGAUCUGUUUUUACAUACAUACUGUUAUGGUUGGGGUAAGGGUGGACAUUAAUAAAAUACAAUUAGUGGGAAAUUUAAUAAAUAAUAUAAAUAAUUCUCGUUAACUUCUGGAGACGUAUGUGAUCUAUAGCUGAUUAACCAUGUAGAUGAAUGAUAACAGCCUUUUGAGACUACUAGUAGAUGCAGAAGGCUCCUACUGGCCCAUAACUUAUCAACUGAUAACCACUAAUAACGGCCAUUCAAUCAAAUAAUAACUUUUGAAUCGGCUGGAUAUGUUAAUAUGUCAGUCAAACUGCACAAGAGUUUGUUUUGAAGCGAACUGAGAUCCCCCUUAUUUCAGUGGUCUUUGUCCACUUGGAUGGUUGCACAUCUAGGUUUGGAUGGCAUCAUUCACAUAUGAACCACUCUAACAUAUCCAGAGUUUUCUUAAAUAAAACCAAACAUGCCCAAAUUGUGAACACAUCCUCUUACAAUGUAUGAUGGCUAGUGUUUUAAUAUCGGUUUCAGUUUUUGAAGUCAUGUAUUCCAGCCUUAAGCCAAAUUCAAAUGCAAGUACUACCCAAGUUAAACCCAGUGUAAUGUGAUGAGAAUACAAUGCAAGUACACUAGUUGUGCUUUACACAUUGCAUUUUCAAAUACAUAUUAUAAAUAUGAAAAAAAAGCAUUUUUAGUUUGUAAUAUUUUUCCAAAAAACAACUCUAUUCCUAGGCCUUGAUGAUCUGAUCCUUUUGGAGAAUGGUUUGUUCCUUUCAGUCUUAGACACAGUGUUUAAUAAUACUUCUAUUCAUGUUGAAUUUUAGAAUCUAGUGAGAGGAUGUGGCAUGUUAUGUGAAUCAGGAUGUUCUCAAGUCUGUACUGAUAUUUAUUAACAUUUAGAAUAUAAUGGUACUUCAAUUGUAUGCACUUAUUUAUAGGAAAUGUUCAUCCCAUAAAUUAAAAUCCUGUUAUUAUUUACUCAUGUUGCUCAAAAUGCUGGAACAGAAGCAGACUUUCUGAAAAGCCCAAAUGUGGCUCUUUUCUGUACAAAAACAGUUUAUAGUGACCAGGAUUCCAAAAAUGACAAAGAAAUACCUCAAAAUAGAAGCACAUACUGUAAUACAAGUCUCGAGGAGUGUUUUAGAAACUUUGUCUUAGAAAGAGGGAGAAAUUUAUACAGCAAUUCCCCCCUUUCUUUGAAGUCCAGAAAUAAAUGUAAACUAAAUGAAGCAUGUUUCAUGAAACUAGGAACUAUGGAAUCUGGUAUAAUAACAAUCAAGUAGUAGGUGCAAUGAUAUUGCACAGUACUUUGCCUAGUUAGCUAGAGACUAUUUUCAGAUGCUGCAUAAUAGCAUUAGCAAUGCUGUAGGCAUGGUAUAGUAAAAAUGAAAGUUUCUUGAUUAUUACGCUAGUAUAAGAGUAUAGUUCCUCUCCAUAUUGACCUAGAAAAUAGUGACUUUUCAUUUUCUGUCAGUCUUGGUACACAAUGUAACUACAAAAAAGCCAACAUGCUAAUGUUCUAAUCUGAUUCAAUGACUUAUGCUAAGCUAAGCUAAGCUAAAACUGCUCCCGCCAGACCUGGAGAUCGGCUGAAUGCAUUAAAAAAUGGUAAAACUUGACUGUUUUACUCUUGAGGAGUUGUAAAAUGAGACUAUUUACAAAUAAAGUGGUGUGUUUAAGUAGAGAUAUUUAGUUUAAACUGACUUGAUCUAGAGCAGUCACAGCUCACUGGAGGCAAGUUUGUCAGUGAAUAAUAACUUCAGUUUUAGUCUGGGCCUCACUAUUGGUUUUAAAAGACUUGUUUUGUUGUCCAUAAACAAAAGCAAGAUGAGACUGAGUAAAUAAUGACAGUUGGGAGUAAAGUAUUCAUUAAACACUGAAUCCUGAAUUGUCUUUUUAUUGUUUUCCUUUUGAAGUUUACUUAAUUAUUUGCACUUGUUGAAUGUCAAUCCCUUUUCCUUGAUUUCUAAACAUGCUUUUUGGGGGUUAUGGGCAGCGAGGGAGUUUCAAUUUGGAGUAUAUUUGCCUAAUGUAAAGACCUUUCAGCCAACAUUUAGGCUAAGUCUUGCCAGACAGACUCAUUCCAAAGCAAAUUUAAGAUUAAAAUCAAAACCGUUUGUAUGUUUGCCUUUGUCUACCAUGUGCCAGUUUCUCCACUGUGUCUAGUGCCUUGUUCUGCAUUUUCAGAAGGUGUUAGAUUACAUCAAUGUGUUUUUGUGUAUUAGAGUGUAAUGAAAGAGUUCACACCUGUAAACCAAUGUUUUCUUUUUUUAACCAUGUCCUGAUGCUUGUGCCUAUGAGAGUGUGAUUUACAAUAGAAAAUAAUCUUUGUACAUAUCGACUCAUGUACAUCAUCAUCAUCACCACCACCAGAGCAAAUAUUGCACACAACUGUCCUAUAACAAAAGCACAUGGUUUUCUUUUAUGAAUUAGAUGGAUCGUGAGUGGAAGAAUGCAGAGAAAAAAGCCCAACAGUAUUACAACAGAAAAUAAAAGCUUUGAGAGUGACAAUCUUCUAGAUCAUGCGGUUUUCUCCAUUCUGAUGUUCGAGGUUCUUUGUCAAAUUUCUUUUAUAUAAAUUGUAUGAAUAUUAUAUAAAAUGCUUUAACAGAA